CCGGUUUGUAGAUCACAUGACCAAAUUGAAGUCGUGUGACGAGAGACGUAAAUACGACUGCGAAUAGUAUUCUGAUUUAUGUACAGUGUAUUGCACGAUAUGUCUCUUUCAAACUACUGAGCUAAUACCUCUUCUCACAACCAUGGAUCCUGGACAGCAGCUACCUCCAUCUGAUGCCACCUCCCAGCCCACUGAAGAAUACUUUCCAUGGGAUCUUCGAUUCCAACUGAUUGCCUUGGGUUUUGCUUUCUAUGCAUCAAUAUUCCUCCUCGCUCACCUCCUGUCUUCAUCACUGACCCAUACAUACAAUUGCUUGCAAGCCAAAGAGAAGAUUUUCUGGAACCUUGCCGCUACCCGUGCAGUAUUUGGCAUCCAGAGUUCAGUUGCUGGUUUGAGAGCACUUACUCAGGACUCUGGAUUGAGCAGAGACAUAGUGAACGGGCAAGAGGACUGGUCGUGGUUUAAUCUCCUCACAGCCACGGGGUUCUUUAUAUUUGAAAAUGCAGCAUUCCAUACCUAUAGUUUGGCGUUUCGGUCACUUGACUUUGCCCUGGCAACGCACCAUUUCUUCGCCUUGGCAGGAUAUGGAGGAGGAGUGAUGUCAGAUUCCAUGGGCCACUUUGUGCCAAUGGUGGUGCUACUUCUGGAAAUGAGCACACCAUUCACGUGCAUAUCCUGGAUGCUGCUGAAGGCUGGAUGGGCCAGAAGUCUGUUUUGGAAAGCCAACCAAUGGAUGAUGAUCCACAUGUUCCAUUGUCGCAUUGUUCUCACAUACUACCUUUGGUGGGUAAGCUUUAAAAACUGGGGCGCGAUCAACAACAACUUCCCCCUGGCAUUACGUCUCAUCUUCUACAUCGGCCUGGGCCUGCUCACCGUUGUCAUGAAUCCGUUUUGGACCUACAAGAAGACCAUGCAGCUGUUCAACCCCGUCGAUUGGAACUUUGGCAAUAAGCCGGCACCUGGAAACAACACCAAAGAGGAUCAGGCUGAUGUUGCUGCCAAGCCUCAUGUAAGCUGAGAAGCAACAGGAAAGUUGGUUACCUGGUUGUUUUAUUUACUUUAUCUUCUUCGCAUUAACUUGUUUCGCACAUUUGUAUUUUGUUAAUUAACACAAAUAAUUUCCGUAGACCUGCUAGUCUAGUCUAAAACAUGGUAUCCUGCUUGAUAUUGUGAAAUAUGUAUGUAGCAGCCAAAUCCACCUGUUUUUAUCGAUCUCAGGGAGCGGCCAUUUUGCCACUUUCCGUCAACUGUAAAUUAUUUCGACACCCACCGUUGGGAAACAGUGCGUUACUGAAAUUGGCCAUUAGGAAAUUCAGAGUGAAAUGAAAACGGAGUGCCAGCACGCGCACUUGACGCUCCGAUUGAGAUGGUGCGCCAGUGCUGGCCGUGUUAAAAAAUGAAUGGUAGCAGAGUGCAC